UACAGAAAAAAUGGUCUCUGAAACACUAUACUGAGAGAAAAUAUGAAUGGUAUGACGAAGAUGUAAAAAGAUUCAAAUCAGAGAUAAGAUGCCAAGAGGUACUUGACAACUUUGAUGCCAUCAUGUCAUCCUACUUCAAUAUAAAACAUACGAAUAAGCUUCUUGAGAUUGGAACAGUAUUCUGCCACAGACACCGAAGCGAGCAGGAGUUUGCAGCUGCAGGCUCCAUCUGUGACGACAUCAUCGUUUCAAGCAGAAAGCAGGAAGGAGGGAACAUUUUCCUCGAUGUGCUGUUGUCAAAGGGAAUCUUAAAGCCUGAAGAUCUUGUGCCAAGGACGCCGGAUCCAUUUGACGACCUGGCGGAAAUCUUGGGCUCGGUUAAAAAGCGUGUAAUACCGGAAGUCAGAGAAAUGCUUUCCUUCGUACCAGGAAUACUUCACAAUACUAAGAAAACUGUGCUGUACCAAAUCAUAGAUGACAUUCACGAUUUCUACGUCAAGUUCAAUGAAGUCUAUGAAUUACACGUUACGGAUGAUCUUUUGGUGCCGUAUGCUGAAACCAGAUUGGAUGAAAAGGUUCUGGAAUCACUUGUUUCACGGUUCAGAAAAAUAUAUGCGGGUGGGACAGUCUAUUUAAGGCAAAUGGAUGAUCUUUUUGUCCUACCGUCCUUAUUGUCUAAACUGAGGCCCAAUGAAGUUGUGUUUUAUAAUGUACCGAGAGAUCUUGCAGAGCUCAACAAAACACUGGAGGUUACCAAUCAGCUCGGCAUCCAUACAGAGUUUGACAUAACUAUGUCGCGAAAGCAAUUUCAAGCAAUUACAGGCGAGGUUUUGCAUCCAGUAGAUUACUUAGUUGUGAUAAUCAACAGCGAUGCGCUCUAUGACCCGGGCAGCCUUCGUCCGUUUUCUCUCCAGAGUUCUGCCAGACGAUGACAAUGAAGUACUUCCUCUACAGCGAUGACGUCGACCGCGUGGCUGAGGUCCUGAACAGGACGGUUCCUCCGAACCGCGCCGAGGACACCACCGAAUUAACCGUCUUCUUUCCGAUAAGUGAUAACAUAGGACGUCUGCUCCAGUUGCUGACCGUUGGGCCUUUGAGGUCAAUAACUUUUAUGACAGGGACGGAUUUUGACAUGAGCCAAUGGGAGGACCUGAAGAAACUCGGCGCAACAAAGCGACUCGGACAAUUAAAGAUUCAUUAACUAAAAUUUUGUUUUCAGACUGAAAAAAAAAUCACAGGAAUACAAUUUUUUUCAGACUUAAUAAAAUUCACAAGACAAAUUUUUCAGACCGAGAAAAAUUAAGAAAUAGGAAGAGGAUUUUUUUUUCAGGCCUUUCCUGAUUUAGUAAUUGGGUCUAUUGUAUUUCAUUUUAUUACAAAGAAUAAUCGAGUUAACAGUCAUCCCACAUUGCAAGAUAAUGUCCAUUGUUAAGAAAUUCACAGUCUCGUGAAAACAAAUUGUUAAAAAAUCCACUAUUAUAUAUUAAAAAUACAUUUCUAUGUAAUAUUAGAACAAAGACUUUCAAACACCUGAGCGGUGUUCCUCAUCAGUGUAACGUAAUAUAUAAUUGUGGAUUUUUAACAACAUAAUGUCCAUUGUUAAUGAGAGUUUGUAGAGAACGUGACGACUGGAAUAUGCACACAAGAUUGAUAUUAUAUAAACUUUUGCUUUUACUGUAAGACACUGCAUAUGCCAAGCUGUACUGAAAUGAAUAAUAAACACAAGGAUCCUGGUGCUAGCGGCAGUGGGCAAUAAUUGAGGCUUCGGAAUUCAGUAGAACAAGGUGGCAAGUAAGACAGGAUUUUUGAAGAAAUGUCUGUGGUCAAUCAAAAUCAUAACAUUUUAUUCUUUUUCUGUCAGUUUUACUCUCAUGGAUUUUUAUACAUUAAUAAUUUGCUUAUAAUGCUUUUUUACAAUCUGUUCAUAUUUUCUACCAAAAUGAAUGUCUUAGUAACCUAAGUUUUUUGUAUCCUGUUCAUAAAAUGUGCAGUUUUUCAAUACAGUUGAAGUUUAAUUUUUCAGUUAUUUACUUUUGCUUUGUUGUCUCAAAUCAAUAAAGAUUCGUCUUUUU